AUGUACGUUACACCUUACACGCGGAGACUGAGUGCACUUGCACAGUUUGUUUACUUUGACCGAGUGUAUGACGUUUCCAAGCCGUUGCUAAAGUUGGCGGGGCUUAUGACCAAUCCCGAUCGGGCCAUUGUUCCACCUAAAGUAUGGCGGCAGCGCGUCCACGUCGGCACGCUUGCAUGUGUGCAGCAGCCUAAAAGGCCGUCGGUCGACACGGCAGACAAUGGACCUGUGGAGACAGAAGUGAAGAAGAAGAAAAAGUCGCAAAAGGACAAGAAGCAUGACACAAUGGCAGACAUUACCCGGAACAGUGAGGAGAGCAGGCCCCUGGCCAAACAGGGUGAUACACAGGGUGGGGAUGACAGACUGGCAGGAGAAGGGGAGGUUGAAGAUGACAGAGUUACGACAAAGGCACAUCGAAAGGGCAAGAAGCGGAAACAGCAACGUCGUGUGCAGAAUGACGACACAGUCCACCAGAGUCCCAUAAACACUGAGGAAACCCAACCAAUCAAGAAGAAAAAGAAACACAAGAAAUGAACAGUUGCUCGGCUGUCAUUCAACUACAUAGAGGGCCUGUGGAUGUUAUUUUUUUUUUAGUGAACAAUUUGACCAAACCGAGUGUUUUGAUUUUUAAAAUGAAAAUCAAAUUGGUCAUUUUUUUUUUUAAAUGAAGAGUUCUGAUCGUGGAAUCGUGCUUCAUAAUUAUGUUUGAAAUAAAAUUUCAAAUUUUCUCCAAAUGUAUAGUUUCACUUAGCUGAAACAUCAAGAAUAAAGUUGUGAAUGCAGUAAUUACAUCUAGCAAGUCCUUUUGUUCUGAGCCUCAUAGUACCAAAAAAAAACUUUUUCGAUAUUCAAAAAUCCAGCAGUUUUGUCAUUCUGUCAGUCAGGCAGGGAAUUUUGACAUAUUCAACCAAAGUUUACACUCUGUUUACAGUUAGAAUACCUGGUUCAAAAUGAAUAUUACCAUGAUUUUGGAAAAGAAUUUCUUACAGAUUUUGUGAUAGAAAAAAAUACAAUGCAAUUCCAGCAGUGCCAGUGCUGUAGUCUAGUCCAUCAAAAGUCGAGUCAUAAGUCGAGAGAUAAAUUACAAGUCAAGUCACAAUUUGGGCGUGAUCCCUGGUUGCAUGGCACAGGCUUAUGACUUUUGACUAGCGCCCAUUGAACAAAGAUAUGGACCAUUUGUGGAACUGCCAACAUAGGGAUGGAUAGCUCAGUUGGUAGAGCACCGGAAUGGUAAUCUGGAGGUCGCAGGUUCAAACCCCACUCCAGUCAAUUUCUUUGUUCAACUUAAAAAAAAAUAAUAAUAAUUAUAAUAAAGGAUGACCUAGGACAAAGAAUGCAUUUGUCACAGUUCCUUUCAUAAGUUUACAUUUAACUUCCCAUUUCCUUCUUUGUAAACGCGCCAAAUCACCGGAGCAGAUGUAACCUGGGGUGGUACGGGGAUAAUAAUGUCCUCUUCUCUUGCUGAGUUUUUCCUCCACUGACAAGUACAUGUACUAUUUAUUCGUAGACUAUUUCUGAGAAAAAAAAAUGGGUGUUUUACAUUUUUCAUCUUAUUUAAGCGUCACGAUUUUACUCCUGUUGUGUUAUUGCCAGAGAAAUGGGGGGGGGGGGAGUAUUCAUUCUCGAGUUACGUUAGCUACAGCAUCAUUGAGGUAGUCUUAAAUAGUCGUAGGGUAUUUUGAAGCUAAGCAAACAACUAGUGGCACUAUCUGACUUGAACCGCACACGUAAUCAGCUAGCUAGCUGUACGUGCACAUAUCAAACAGGUUCGACAUUGAUACUCCAUAUGUACAGCUAAAUACUCUGUAAACACAGCACCAAAUCAUUACGGUGACUUUCCCUGAUAUUUACAAUUUUUCCUGAAAAGUGCAUCUUCCUUUUCAAGUCAGAAUUUGUAAGCAUCAGCUUUACUUUAUUUUUGUACCUAAUUAGUAGCACUGAAACAAUAGGCCUACAAUGAAAACCCAUAUUUCUAAAGUUAGACUUUCUUGUAAUCCUGGGCCGACCGGCUUCCUCCCACAGUUGAAAAAUGUGUGAACUGAAAAGUUAACUUUUAUUGACUGUGAAAUCAUGGAGUAAUAAAAAAAAACACAGCCAUAAUUUUCUCAAAUACUGGACUUUGUGAAAUA